AUCGCAGCCCUAAUGGUCCGUUCCGCGUGCUCUAUUUAAUCCCCUGCUGCAGCCGCCGCGCUGGCUUCAGUCAAUAGCAGCUGCCGCUGCUGCUGUGCGUGGCUGGGCCGGACCGGACCCGACGCUCGCUUCCCGCGGGGCUGAGCCUUGGAGGAUCCCCGCAGCCCUAGAGCCACUAUGCUGCCGCCGGCGCGGACCCUGCUGCUGCUUCUCGGCUGCCUGGCGGCGGGCAGCGGGACCCUCUCGCAGGACGGCACACCAGCUGUAAAGACAAUCCUUGCUGGCCUGGCAAGCAAAGCAACAGAGGAGCUUGCAGAAAUUUAUCAGGGAGCAAGCACAAGUGCAGCAGCAGUUGCUUCAGACACUGAGAGCCAGCCCACAACAUCUGAUGAGACGGUGGUGGCAGGUGGCACCGUGGUGCUGAAGUGCAAGGUGGAGGAUCCCGACGACUCCUCACUGCAGUGGUCCAACCCAGCCCAGCAGACACUAUACUUUGGGGAGAAACGAGCGCUCCGGGAUAACAGGAUCCAGCUGGUAAAUUCCACACCCAAAGAGCUGGCCAUCAGCAUCAGCAACGUGGUGCUGGCGGACGAGGGCGAGUACACCUGCUCCAUCUUCACCAUGCCUGUGCGGACGGCCAAGGCCCUCGUCACCGUGCUGGGAAUCCCCCAGAACCCUCAAAUCUUUGGCUACGAGCUGCCCAUCCGAGAGACAGAGACGGCCCAGCUGACGUGUAGAUCCUCUGGCAGCAAGCCAGCUGCCCAGCUCCGCUGGAAGAAAGGCAACAAGGAGCUGCAGGGUGAGGCUCCCGAGGUGACGGAAGAUUCCAAUGGGAAAACCUUCACCGUCACCAGCCGUGUUGAGUUCACCGUCACCAAAGAAGACAACGACGUGGAGGUGACCUGCACAGUGGAUCAUGAGUCCCUACAGAACUCAGAGAGAUCCACCAGCCAGAAGCUGCAGGUCUACUUUAAGCCAACGGCAACGAUUGAGCCGGAUCCCCCCUACCCCAAGGAGGGCGACGCGCUGCGGCUGCAGUGUGAAGCCCAGGGCAAUCCGAUUCCCCAGGAGUUCCUGUGGACGAAGGAGGGCAGCGAUGUCCCCCUGCAUCUCAACACCAACCGAGUCCUCACCCUCCCCUUCCUCAACAAGAGCGACAGCGGCACCUAUAUCUGCAUGGCCACCAGCACCAUGGGCAGCGUCGUAGUGAAGUACAACCUGGACAUCAAUGAUGCCAGCCGGAUGUCUUCCCCCUCUAGCACAUACCAUGCUGUGAUCGGUGGAGUGGGCGCAGUCAUCGUCUUUCUGCUGCUUAGCCUCCUCAUCGUCCUGGCACAGUACCUAAUCAGGCACAAAGGUACCUACCUGACUCACGAGGCCAAGGGAUCAGACGAUGCCCCGGAUGCUGACACUGCCAUCAUCAAUGCGGAGGGAGGCCAGGCCAGCGGCGAUGACAAAAAGGAAUAUUUCAUCUAGGGGUGCAGAGUGGAGAGAAGAGAAAUGGAGCCAACGAACCCAGAUGGAAAUGGAAACCGGACCACAAACCCCACUCAACCCAACAGAUUUUCUCUCGUGCCCUGGAUGGAUGGACGAACAGAGGGAUGGCGGGACAGAGAUCAGAGAGUGACCGGCUUGAACCAUGAUGCUUCUUCUCGAACUUGUAUAAAACGUUAUUACUAAAAACAUUGAAAGCCCCACCCCUGUUCGCUUGCUUGUACCUUCAUACCCACGACCGACACUCGCACUAAACACAGAGACGAGCCAGUGAGUGAGUGACACUUUCCUUCUUUCCUUUGGCCCCUUUGCUUUGGUUUUAUGGAUGCUCUUUGCUUUGGUUCCUUGGGUUGGAAUGUCGGGUGAGGUCAAUGUUGCGCUUUCCGUUGCUUCUCUCCAUUUUUGGUUCCUUUUACAUCCAAGGAUAAAAUCAGCCCUCAUGGUGGCUGCCUGCUGCCAUGGGCCUGGGCAGCCUGGGAUGCCCUUUCUGUUCCUUAUGUUUCCCAUCCAAAAACCGGGGCCACAAAUCCAUUGUGUUCCCCCAUCCUUGGCUCCUGCAUGGUGCUCUGAGCCAGACCCACAGGAAUGACCCUGGGCUGAGGAUGGGAGGCGGUGACAUGUGGUCUUUCUCUGUCCCACAGCAGCAAACAAGCCAUGAGAGCCCAGGGGAAUGUCCAGUGAGAGCAAGGAGACGGGGAGCCACCCAGCCCGGCUCCUCUCCAGAGGGAUGUGCCCUCCCCACAGCAAGGUGGGAAGGGAGACAGUGUCACUGUCUCAGAGAGCCUGGCACACCCAGCCUGCUGGGGCCCUGCACUGAUUUUAUCCUUGGAGGUUGUGUCUGACAAUGUUCAUUUGGGAGGAGAACUGUCCUGUGUGAUACAUGUACAAAGGGGAGCCAGCUGCCUGGGUGGGAGUCGCUCAUAGGCUCCAGUCCCCACUGAUGCCCAUGGAGAGAGAUUCAAAUGCUGCAAAGUGACUGGCAGUGCUCGUGCAUGGUUCCAAGAAAGGCUGUAAAGUGUCAGAUUGGAGCCAUGACAAUAACCUAUCUGUUGAGAUGCUCAGUGCAAGGAAACCAUCUUUGUGUAUCUUCCCUGUGCCAGGGAGUGAUGGGCAGAGCGAGGCCCUGGCGAGCCAGGUGACGGGUGAGAGUGUCCUGGGCCUCCAUGCUGCUGUCAUGCCUUUCCUGCUCUCUGACCGGUCGACCUGCUCCAGCGCCAAGGCCCAGGGAGCAUUUGGAGAUAGAAACCUUGCUAUGAUCACAGGUGACUUGGCCAAGGGGCGUCUUUCUUCUAGGUCACAAAUAGCUGAGCAGCCUCAUUCCCACAAACCAAACCACCCAGAAUCUGAACCAUUACAGAACCUGAGCGGCUGCACCAGACAGGGCGCUGGCAACUCCAGCUAGGGCCAGGGGAGGGAAUGAGCUUCGUGGCAGACUAGCCAGGAUCCAGCUCAGCAGCCUGGGAAGUGUGCUCAGGGGCUGAGCUGCACGUGCUCGGGGACAGAGCGAAGUUUGCUCAUCAGACAUCUCAGCUUUGGGAACAGUAAAUUCAGCCAGGGAGCUCCCUCCCCAGGCUAGAGCCCGUGAGCAGCGUCUCAAGCCGCAGGGCUGUUACCUGUUCCCCACUCUCCAGAGUCAUAGCCCUGCUCCCUCUGGAGCCCACAUAGCCCUCACCUGCUGUCUCCCCCUUCAAAGAGCACACACCAUUCCCCACUGAAGAGCCCCAAGCUAGCCCUUAAGAUGGGCUCAGCCAGACAGCCUGGGAAGUGGGUGAGGGGCUCAGCUAGAGCAGACAGACUAUGGGCUGGGGAGGCUCAGCUAUUACAGCCAUGCUGGGGGUUCCUCUGAUUCCCCUCUUGGGUGUCCACUGUUAUCAAUGCCCAGGAUUUUAUCAAGUCUCCUGAGAUCUGGUGUUUUUUCUCAAAGACCCAACUCCUGGAGUCAUGUGAAUAUCUGAGCCUCUCAGCCUUCAUUUUUAAAAAGUACAUUUCUAGCCCUGCUGGUUGGAGAGAAAAGCUGGAAAACAUGACAGGAGUGUGGCCUAAAGGCUGUAGUAUGAGUAGGCGAAUCCCCUGCCCCCACCUCCAAAUUUAGAAUUUUUGAAACUCUCAGUUCUUCAGCCAGUCUCAGGAUGUUGCAGAGCCUGACUCACUGCUUUUGAGCAUACGAGGCUGGGUCUUGGCCUCUGCAAUGCAGGAGCAGCAUGGCAUCUGCCAGCUGAGUGCAUGAGAUGGUGAUUAGGUCAUCAGAGAGCCACCCAGCACAUUAUGUCUGUCUGUUUGCAGGGGCUGCUGUAAUUCUCACUGGUGAGAGGCUGGGGGAAAGGACUGCAGGGACUGGUGGUGGCUGCUGCUCCUUCCAACAGUGGCACGACAGCAAGUGCUAGCAGAGGGGCCUGACCCGGGGCGAGGCUGUGUGGGCAGCAGAGACUGGACACAAGUGCUGACUGAGGCCGUCUCACCCCUGGGGAGCAGGGAACUAAGACCAGGACCCCAACCCGCAGCACCCAACAUACAGGCUUCAACAAAUGAAUGAAAGGCUUCUCUUCCCUGUGACAGACACUAGCCAGGCCCACCCCACUCACACAGAGCCAGUGCUCUGUGUGCCGCUCCCCUUGGCUUGAUUGAACGCUGGCCUCGCAAGCCGGGCUGAGUCCCAGAGCCAGGCCUCAGGCUGUGAUAGCUCCAUGCACUGCUGGGAACAGGCACAAUUACGGUGUAACUCACCCCACCCUACAGAGCUAGGCCUUGGCUCCUGGUCCUUCAGGUGCCAAACCUGGGCCUCUGCCAUGGGCCCCAGCAGCAUCUGUCCUCUGCAUAGGGUGCAGCCCCAUGAGGCCUCAUCAUGCAUGCAGCCACCCAGUCUGCAUGGCACAGGCCAAGCACUCCAGAGGCCUUGAAGACUCUCUAAGCCCUCUUGUGGUAGCCAGAUAGGGUCUUUGCUAAAUGCCUCCCUAGGCCCCUGGAAUGUGACUGAGCCUCCAUGUGCUUUGCUGGGGUUCCCUGUUCUCCUCUGGGGCCCUGACGGGCCUGGGCUCCACUGAGACCCUAACAGGCCUGGGCUUCCUGUGGUUAAGAUGGGCCUUGGGAAAGUAACAAAGGGCACUUGGCAGCAGGCAGCCAUGGCUCUGUGUAAGCAGUGUCCUUCCCAGGAGGUGUGUGUGUGAAAUGAGGCAUCCCCAUGUGUAAGGCAUGAUCCCCGUCUCCUGCCCAGGGGGUUUAUACAGGUCCCACCCCUCUAGUGCAUGGCUGUUAUAGAAUGUUCCAUGCCCUGUAAAUAUGGGACUAGCAUUUUCCAAGCCUCUGAGGCAUGGGACCAAGUAGAGACCUAGCUGUGGGUGUGGCAAGGAAAAGGGAAGCCCACAUGUCUAGUGGGAAAAUCUAAACUUCCCCUCAUGCUGGGUGUGUGAGAGGCAGGAGAUACAGCCUUCUAGAGGUUGUGAGACUGAUGAGACAGACAAGGUCUUGAGUAUGUGGGAGCUCCAGGAUCCAUCACCAUUGCAGUGGGAGUUAGGGAAUUAACCAUGUCCCAAGGGAGUGCAAGUGACAGGAUUCAGCAUGUCUUGUGGGAGUGAUAGGAUAAACCAUGUCUCGGGUUUGUAGGAGUUAUGGGAUACACCAUGCCUAAAGUGUGUAGGACUGAUGGAAUACACUGUGUUGUGAGUGUGUAGGAGUGAUGGGAUACACUGUGUCUUGUGUGUGUAGGAAUGGUGUCUCGAGUAUUGGGGAUAGCCAUCUUAGUCUGUAUCCACAAAACCAACAAGGAGUCCAGUAGCACCUUAAAGGCUAACAGAUUUAUUUGGGCACAAGC